AUGUCUCCACUUCCGUUCCAGCUCCUGGAACUGAAUGUAAUAUCGGCUCAGGAUCUGGCACCUGUGUCCCAAAAUUUACGUACAUAUGCAGUCGCAUGGAUGAAUCCUGAGAGAAAACUGCGUACAAGAGUAGAUCAACAAGGCAAAAUCAAUCCCACCUGGAACGAUAAAUUUGUGUUUCGUGUGGAUGAAAAGUUUCUAGAUUCAGAAACCUCAUCGGUCAUGAUCGAAGUUUAUGCUAUAGGGUGGCUACGUGACACCCCUGUUGGAUCAGUAAGAGUGCUGGUCAGCAACCUCAUUCCUCAGAAUGUCCGAAAGACGAAUAAUUCGCAAAGGCGUUUUGUUGCUCUUCAGAUUCGACGUCCAUCAGGUCGUCCACAAGGGAUUUUGAACAUGGGCGUCACGCUUCUGGAUAACAACAUGAAAAGCAUGCCUUUGUAUUCAGAGCUCAGUGCAUCUGCUGUGGGGUUUCAGGACCUGAUGGGCGUAAAAAAGUACAAACAACGGAAGAAUGAGAAGAAUGGUAAUGAUAAUUCCGAUCAGAAAGAAGAAAAGAUAAAGCUGAGGCGAACGCAAAGUGAUUGCACAGAGGUUAAAGAAAAGGGAAACAAAUGGAAGGGGAACGGAGAAGGCUCAGUAUACAACAGUUCCGUAGUCGAUGGCCCUACAAGAGGUGGUUCCUCAUUGAAUGGACCAAAUUUGAAUGGUUCUGAAAUUGGGGUUGCCAAAAAUGGAUCAAUGUGCAAUUCUGACGUGGGGCCAUCGCCUUCUGUGGUGGCUGCAGCUGUAGCCAGGGGAUUGUAUCCGACGCCAUUGCCGAAGCCUCAUGAUCCAGGGAGUUCUAUCCUAGGAGAUUGGACAGCGGAUGAUGCAAGUGCUGAAGGGCUAAAAUCGAAGAUUGAUCGAUGGAAAAUGGAGCUUCCUGGGAAAUGUGACAAGACUCCUAAUAGUUACCAGAAAAUUCCGAAGGAAAAGGAACGAAGACAACAUUGGAGAAGGCGGAAAAGUGCUAAUGAAGGCAGCGGAAGGUUUUCGUGCUUUGGAGCUGCAUGUGGAUGUGAGUUUACUAUUGUAUGUGGAGCUAAUAAUGGUGGUAGGAGGAGUAGAUCCCGGUUGAGGAGUAGCAGUAAGCAUUUGGCCAAUUCAGAGUUAGAUUCUCAGUUAGUUUCACAACAUGGGAUCCAGUGAAUUCGACCAAUUUACUUUUUAACCGGAUGGAUGGGGGAAUUAUCUCCAAUGGUUCAUGGUGAAGAUGUUCCCACAUUAGAGCCUCCACAGUCGUCAUGAGGUUGUAAUCAUCUCAAACAAUUGAUUUUGAAGAUGUAGCCUCCAAUGCUAUCAAUCUGAUUCAUUGUUAUAUGUAUUUAUAUAUGAAGAAAUGCAAAUACUGUAGAUGUUUGAUUCGGCGGACCAUCAGGCGCAGGAGGUGGUCCGCAUGAGUCCCCAAGAGCAAAGAUGAGGAGUUGAUGGAUGGCUCCCACUUAUGCUCAUUACUCCCGGGAGUUGCUACUCUCCUUACAAGAAAAUGAUGAUGUAGGUGUGUACUAUGACUUGAAAUGAUUGUCUGGUCGUCAUGUACUACAAUAUUAGGUUUUUGUUAGUUCCUGCUGUGAUGAAACUAAAU